UUAGACAUCAUGGGUUGAGUGUGCUGCUGUAGCGUAGUUAUUAGCUUGUCAUUCACAACUAUACCCCCAAUAGCUGCACCCCGCUGGUUCAUGAGAUGGAUCAGGUUGAGCUCAAGAAGGCAACCUUAAAAAACUAAAGGAACAAUUCAAUAUUCAUGGAUAAAUGAUCGUUUACGUGGUAAUGUCUAACGUCAAGAUGUACAAGCAAGAGUCUCAGCAAGCAUUUACCAUGUUCAACAUGCCAACGUUCAAACUCACUCACUCAGCCUGCAAUUCGCCAUUCACCGCGAGAUUCCACAUGCUAAAACCUUGGGUAUAUAAACAACGACCAUCACGAUCUGACCUUCAACUUCAACAACCCUCUUCCAAAAACCAGCAUCUACCCAAUCAUGGCCCGUGUCGACGAAAUCAAAGUGAUCGAGAAGUUGAAAAAGCUGAUUCUUGACCAAGUCCAAGCUUUGUAUGGCCCCAAGUAUGCUUCUGCCUGCACUUUCAGUGUGAUCACGAGCCGUUUCCAUUCUGGGGGCACUCUCAACGAAAUCGAGUACAACGCCCAGGCAAUCGUCUACAUUCAUCCAGGAUCGCACGCAGAGUGGAAGCUAUUGGUCGAAGGUGAUACAGGAUCAAGCACACAGCAGGCAGUAGAGUUACUGUAUCGUAAAGUGCAGGGUCAGGUGGACCAGGUAACUAACAAAAUGGGCGAGGGAUGGAUCUACAACGGCGUGAAGGUUAGAAAUCCUGAUGCUUGACAAUAGGGCCCUCCAGUUCUAUAUCACCAGAGGUUACUCACUUCAUCAACAUCUCCCACCGCUGUCCUCACAAGGACGUCUGAGAAUCUCGUCUGGAAACAGAGUUUCUUUCCAUUCAGCAGUCUAAUUCUGGCGGAUUAUGGAUUAUUGUGAUACCUGCGAACAUAUCUCGGCGCUUCUUUGGUAGCCACACGCCCUGUAAAGAACUAUAUCUUACUGGUCACAUCCCACAAGCUAAGAAAGACGACCUCAAGAGUGGCUAGAAAUCAUUAUGUAUCGAUAGGCGAAUAAAUGAUAGCAACCC